AUGAAGUUCUCGGCUCUCCCCCUGGUCGCCGCCGCAGUAAUCUUCACUACCGCAUCGGCCGCUCCCGCCGUGGCCGAAGAAGCGACCGCCAACAAGCUCGUGCCCCCGCCGGAACCGGUUACCCACAACGCAAGGCAGCCCGACGAGGGUCGCACUCAGGACGCGGGUUCAAUUACCAAAAACAAAUCCGGCAGGGCUGAGGCUCAGGGACUGCCUGAUAGAUGCGUCUGGAAGAACGGAAAUCGGCACUGCCCGUUCAUUGGGCAUGGGCAUCGCUAA